ACAUGUUGUUCUGCUAAAAGUCUAUUCACUUGUGUUAGCCUCUUUGUAGCAGGGACUUAACUAUAGAGGAUUGUGGCUGCUCAGAACAUUUGAGUUGUAGGGGCCCCUGUGUGAUGCUGACACCUAAGCAGUUUACAUAUAUUUUUAUGAAAAUGUCUUAUCCUCAAAAUUUGGGAGAGGCUAUUACUUAGAUAUAUAUUUGUGGAAAUGCCAUAUUCCUAAGGUUUAGCCUCCCUCCCCCAUUAUUUUGUUACAGCCUGGGCCAAGUAACUUCUAUUAAUGCCACUGUCUCAUGGUUGAAAGCCGAGCGAAUACAGGAUACUCAGAUUACUAUUCAUCUGGUAACAAACAAGUACAACGUGUGGUUUUCAAUAACAGGUCAUAAUAUACGAAAUAAUUCACACUGCUCAGUCACAAACACUGGCGCAGGCCCCGACCUCUUGUUAGGAGGGAAAUAGAAUUUCGCGGCGGCUCUUUUUAUGAUGCGUGUGGAUCACGUGUCAGCCAAUCAGAUUGUCGGGAAUGCCAGCAGUUUUCCGUCUGACGCUUGGAUGAUACGUACGCGAGUGGGGGUGGGAACAGUCAGGAGAAGCCAGGGAAAGAGAAGGAGCGUUCUGGAAGUCGGCCCCGAUCCUCCCCAUACACACGCCCAGGUUUCCCUGUGCCUGGAGUCUGGAGUGACAGCAAACCCCGGAGACUGAAAGUGCCCGCUAGAGAAAUGAGAGAACAGCCCCGUGUCUGACACUCCUCGUUGAGAGUUUCGGUGCCACCCCGGUGAAUGCUGCCAGUUGGAGCGGCCGAUAAUGCUGAAGAUGAAGCUUCCCCUGAAGAAGAGCAAACACAAGGCGUCUGAUGAAGAGGAGGAGGAUGAGGAAGAACGGGCAGCCAUGUGCGACACUCCCCGCGACUGGCCAGCGACGGACGGCUCCUUGCAUCGGGAAACCGUCUACCAUUGGUUCAUGAAGUCUUUGGGCCCUGCCAACCGCUUGGAAUUCGCCUACGGACUGCUGGACUUGUGUAACCCGCUUGAGCUGCGCUUCCUCGGCUCGUGCUUGGAGGACCUGGCCAGGAAAGACUGUCACUACCUCCGGGAGUGUGAGAAUAAGGCUAAUGGACUGGCCGGGGAGCCGCUGCUGGGGGAUUUGGGCGAGCCCAUCUCCCGCGCCAAACUCAUCAUCUACUUGGCUCUGCUCAACUCGGGCAGCCUGGAGGUGGCCAGUCGUCUAUACCGCCUGCUCUUGCCCGAAGUGGGAAUCGAGAGGGUGCUGGGAGGCCGGGAUCAGGAGGAGGAGGAGGGGGAGGACAGCGCCGAGGCAUCAGCGGCCCGUGAGGAACUGUUACUACUAUUCACCAUGGCCUCUCUUCAUCCCGCCUUCACUUUCCACCAGCGGGUCACCCUUCGGCAGCGCCUGGACCGGCUCCGGGAGUCCAUGGGCAGGAGAAGUCGGGCUGAGGGCAGUAUCAAUGAAUAUUUGCCAAAUAGUGAGAACCGUGUGUCACCAAGUGAUUCUGUCUGUCACAAUGGGAUCAACACAACUUCUCGCAAACUGAAGCAUGAAGCUGUACAUAUUGAUAAAAUUACCUUCAAAGGUGCACAGAGAAAACGGGCUGACAAAAAUCUGGAAUACACAUUUAAGGUUACCUGGUCAGAUCAUUCUGUAACUUUUGUGACCAAGUCACACCAUGAGCUGCUGGAAUUCAUUUUAAUGCUUCCAAAUGAACUGUCAAGGGAAGCAUUUGAUGAGACAAUUCUGAGAGCACUAAAUCAGGGUUCCCAAAAGAGGGAAGAUCGUCGACAUACAGACCUGGAACCCAUAAUAAGGCACAUAUUUGCAUCGCCCUCCCAAGCACUCCUACAAAACCAGAAGGUUUAUAAGUUUUUUCAUUCACUUUCUGUGGUAUCAAGUCCAUCAAACAGUAAUGUUCAGGCUACUCCGAAAGCCUGCAAAACACCAGACCUUUUCAAGGAAGACAGUUCUGAGGCUUCCAGCCAGGAGGAAGAAAUUCAGCAGCCCAUGACAAUCUACAAGAAACCAUUUGUAAAAAACACUGGUACACUUAAAAGUUCCACUACUGGUGGCCUUCACAUACAGAAUUGUGAGCAGAAUGGUGAAACAGACUGGAAGAAUACAGCCUGCCCCAAAAUGUCACAUUCAGAACACUGCAGAAACUUAGAGCAUGUUGAUACAGUAGAUAGUUGGAACAUACGAAUGACAAAUCGGGAGAAAACCCCUUCUCAAAGAUUUAAUGCAGAGAAAAUAGAUGGGCGAUCAAUCAGCAGAACCAAUGGAGUAAAAAUUGUGCAGAAUCUUAAGACAACUGUAGGUAAAGAGCCAACACUGGAGGUUGGGUUUGGGCAUGACACAUGUGGAGAAACCUCUUCGGAGAGUUACAGUUCCCCUUCUAGCCCCCGCCAUGACAGGGGAGAAAGCUUUGAAAGUGAAGACGAGAAAGAAAGAGAUACAGACCGUAAUUCAGACGAUUCUGCAAAAAAUGGUCCCAGCUUCCCAACUAUUGGUACACUUACUGCACCCACUGCCAAGUGUGUUUCCCUUGGUAAUAAUGAAGCCCAUGUGGACAACAAUAUGCAUCCUCCCAAGUAUGCACAUAUUCCUUUUUUGGCUCCUAUGCAUUGUAUGAUUUCUAAUGGUUCAGAAAAGUUGAACCCUACACUGAUUAGCCCUGGUUCUAUGUCUUCUGUAAGAGAACCAUUUCCCCAGGCCCCAAUCGGAAUGGGCCCAAAACUGGUUUCCUCGGCCACUGGAGAAUCAGAAAAACAUUUAGAGAUAUUGACUCCUCUUCCACUUCCAUCCACUUUCCUUCCGCGGAAUUGUCAUCCCAGUAACCAUACAUUACAUUUGCCAGUUUCAAGACUGAAAAUAUCUUCUCCUCAGGGGCCUGCAGAGACCUGUACUAUGAACGGUUCUGCACAGACUGGCUUGGCUCUGGGCACGGCUAGUGGAUUUAUUUCAGCUCACAAUUCAGCGGGUUUUUCACCAUCUCCCUCAGCAGCAGCAGACCCCAUUACUAAACAACUUUCACAAGUAGUAGGCCUUAAUAAGGUAGUGCCUCUUCAUGAUGGAGGGGCCAUGCCUCCGCCAACAAACCUAAAACUGGUUCUCCCAGGCACCAUCUUAUCCCCUGCUCCUUCUGCAGUCCCUUACCAAUUGCCUGGAGCUACACUUGCAUCUGCUGUGAUACCUAAGGCAAAUACAAAUGUGCUUAAUGCUGCUUCCACCACUGCUUCAUCUCAGCCAGCAAAUACUGGCAUUGGUCAAGCUGCCAUUCCUCCUGUGGUUCCUACCCACACACCUGGACCAGCACCAAGUCCAAGCCCUGCUUUGACCCACAGCACCGCACAGAGUGAUAGCACUUCCUUUAUCAGUGCAGCGGUUAAUAAUACCAGCACAAAUGGAACACUUCUGACCCCCCAGCCUGUGGGACCAGGGCCAUGUGGUUCUUGUGGGCGCAGAUGCAGUUGUGGAAACAAUGGUGGUGCACCAGUGAGUUACAUGUAUGCCAACACAAUCCCUGGACCUGUGUAUAGAGGUCCUCCAUUUUUGACUUUUGUCAAUGGAACCUACCUCAACCAAGCACAUCAGAGUAAUGGAGCACAGCUUCCUUUUUACCUUAGUCCAUACCACAAUGGAUUUAUGCAUGACCCUCUGCUUGGGGGACAAACCAGCUAUGGUAUGCAGCAGAUGCCAGGCUAUGGGAGGUUCUUUCCAGGGUAUCAAUCCCCAAAUGUGGUAGCCAGUGCCAAUGGAUCAGGGCCCAAGAAAAGCAGCAAUGUCUCGUGCUACAAUUGUGGGUUGGCUGGCCACUAUGCAAAUGACUGUAAGCAACCACAUAUGGAAGCCAAUCAGCAAGGUAAUCGUGAUAACUCCCAGAGGACUUGUUUCUAAAUGUUGUAUCUUUCCCUCCUUAAACAUGGUGGCUGUGGUCUAGUUGUAUGUCUGUGUGAGUUUUUUUUUUUUCCCUCUUUCUUUACUGUCUUCAGAGGUACUAAGUAUUGUGCUGGGGUUUGAUCACCAUUCCAGUGUUCUGCUAGUUUUUAUGGAUCUUGCAAGUUUUCCCCAAAAGUAACAAUUAAAAGAAGAAGAAAAAAAAGAAAGGAAGCUAUGUAUGUAUGUUGCUUUUACUAGUUCUGUGAUGGUCUAAUAUUGUGCCUAAUCAUUUACACAUCCUGUGCCUCAGCAGCCUGUUAAUAGUAUCCCUCCAUAAUAGUUACAUACAACAGGCUAAAUAGUUAUUUUACGUAUCGCCAAACCCAGAUAUGCAUUUACACCUUUUUCUAGGAAUAAUGUAGUAUGUUUUCCUAUGCAUGUGGGCCCAAAACUGUGGUUUUUCUAUGAAUUAAGCUAUACCUAAAACUUAGGGACUGAGCUACCAAUGCCCAUUAUUUUUUUUACUGAGCAGUAACAAAUGCACUUAAUUUUUUUUUUUUUUUUUUUUAAAAAACAAAUACUGAUUUCAUAUAAACAUUCUGUACAGACAAAGGUCUUAAUGAGUUCUAUAUCCCUGCUUCUAGUUUGCACUGGGGAUUAGGGGUUGGUAGGGUAUUACAGUUCAGCAGUGCUGCUAAGCACUAACAUUUCAUAGAGCAGAAUGCUGUUCUACUACUUUAAUAAAUGCACCCAUUCAUUACGAAGUAAAACUAACUUUAGGAAAUGCCUCACAAUUGAAUUUAAGUGAAUCUGAGAAAGUGCCUUCCCCCCCACCUGUUGGUCUGUUUCCCUUAAGCAUAUUUUGUGUGAACUUGGUUCCUUGUAAGCACUGACAUAGCAGUUUUCUUUCCUGUUUUAGCCUCUUACAGGCUGAGGUAUGCACCCCCCACCCCUUCCCAUGAUUCCUUGGAUUCUGCUGACUGAAACCAGUUUACAGAUAUAAAAAUAAAUUCCAAUGUCACCUCGUAACCAUGUGCUGUGGAAGUUUCAGUUUACCUUUGGCGCUGUGUGUGUAGCAUCUUCUGGUUGGCCACCAUAUAAAGGAGAAGCCAAACUUGUGACAGUGCCAUUAAACGUAAUGCUUGAACUGAACAUUAGUGUGUAUUUAUAUAAAUAUGUGUAUAUGUAUACUUGUGUGCAAUUCUGGAUGGUGCCUUACAUGUGUGAGAACAAAACAAAUGGCAGUUGCUUGGAGCGUGCAUUGGGUGAGUUUUCUAUUCUACUUCCUCUCACACAGCGACCUCCACCUUGUGCCGUUUACUGCUCUGAGGACUCGUUCAUACUUGCACAGUACGACUUCUGUAUAUUAUUUCACAGCGCAUGCCUCUGGAGGAAGCGACAGGGCUAAUGAUGUUUCAAAUGUUCAGUUUCAGUAUUUUAUUUGAAUAUACUGGGCGCAGGCACAAUCUGGCAUAAUGUAAAAGGUUGUUCUCUGCGUUCUCUCCCGCCCCUGACUGGUUUUCAGUUUGUAUUGAUAAAGAUGAUGGUGUGAAAAUACAAUAUAUAGUCAGGCCUGACUCCUUUUUCUUUCUAAUUAAAAGGGAAUAAACCGGCUUGAACUAGAAGCCAACCUGGUAUCCUAGAAUAUUGUUUUCUAUUGCCACAGUUUUGUCCUAUAUAUUUCUAAUGACUGUGCUCAUAACUAGAUAGGUGCACUCAGAUAGCCAUGGUGAUGCCUAGGUGCUGGAACAAAAAUUCAUAUCUAUAAAGCAAAAAAACUUACACAUAGGUCUUGAUAAGUUAAAAAAACGCGGUAGAUUUAUUUCGGCUUACAAACUCAAGCUGUCAUCAGGAAGGGCAGAGCCUAAAGUGAACAUGAAGUUGUAUACACACACAGGAUUCAAAAAUGGCGCCAAAACCAUGCCAGUGACAUCACGAAAAGUGGGUGUGGUUAUAGUACUGAGUGCAUCAAUGAUAGUGUCAUGGAGCUGAGCCAAUCGUGUGCAUUAUAUCAGUGGUAGUGUCAUAGGAGUGCACCGUGAUAGAUUUAAAAUUAAAUCAGUGAGUUUACAAUAAAUAUUGUAAAUGUAUUCGUAGGCCAAUACCAUAUAUAGAUAUAGAUAUAGAUAGAUAUAUAUAUAUAUAUAUGGUAUUGGCCUACGAAUACAUUUACAAUAUUUAUUGUAACCUCACUGAUUUAAUUUUAAAUGUUUCCUCUCUUAUGGAUAUUCAGAAUCACACUCGGCCGGGCUUUCUUUUUUUUUUCUUAAAUUCUACCACUAAGAAUGAAUCCUAAUGUGAAAGACUGAAUUUUUGUUUUGUUAAAUAUGUCUACUCUCCAAAACAAACACAUGCUGCUGUUUCUUUUAUGUGUUAUAUGUAACUCUGAGGUCCGAGACAUUUGCUUAGUGUGGGCUGCAGACAACUUUGGUGCCUAGAGGGUAACUGACGUAUGCUAUUGAAGCUCUGCUUCCAGGUAAUGCUCAAUUCCUUGUAAUGUGGCAUGCGAGUGUGUACAUAUAUUGUUAUACAAAUGAUCAGCACUGUACAUCUAUGGAGUUCUUAAUUCCUUUGUAACUUUCAUUGCCAUAUGUGUUCCAAGGUCAGCGCCUUUACUAGAAAAUAUGUUGGUUUUUUUUUUUUUACAUAAAAAGCAAGUAAGGUAAGGACAAAAAAAACCUAUGUUAAUGGUAUGGUAAUUCAGGCAGCACACAAAUAUUUAUGAAAUAGACUAUUUAAGUGUAAAAAUCCAGCCUCUAUUUAACCUCUUCCUUUAUAGCAACACUUGGAAAAACGUUUUUAUUUUUUUAUUUCAAGAAUAUGUGUUUAAAUGAAGUAGGUUGAGGGGUUGGGUAUAACGAGCAGAUAGUUCAUACAAAAGCUUUAAUUUAAUUUAAAGAAAAAUAUUUUAUUUAAUCUAAGUAUUUUUGGAUAUAAUUGAAAUGUUAGAAUUGUUUCUAUUGAAGGUAAUUCUCUCCAUGGUUUCAACACUAAGCCGGAAAUGCCCAGUGGUUGCAUUUGAGGUUUCAAAAUAUUGUACUGUAAAUGGGUUGGAGUGUUACCUUCUGUUUCUUUGUAUGUUUACCAUGUACUUUGAUAUUUCAACUAUUAUGUACUGGAAAGGUUACUUAUAUUUCUAGAAAAGACUUUGGAUUUUAUGCAAAUGUAUUUCCUUCAAUUAACAGCAAUAAAAAAACGGGGGAAAAA